AAUUGGUACUCUCCAUGCAUGUACAAAAAGAAAUUAUAUGAUUUCACAGAAUUUACGAAUUAGAUAGAUGAUCUGAUAUACAUCUUUCACAACAGCGUAGCUUAAACAUUUGCAAAAAAAAAAAGAAAUUAUUCUUUAUGUUAAUAUGUGGUGUUUUCAAGACAGAAAUAAAACUCUAUCUAUAUUUUGUCGAUCAGUAAAAAAGUAAUAUGGUUUGUUUUCAAAUAAGAAACAAGAAAAUUAAGUUAUUUGAAGUCGUUCUUUUUUUCGGGCUUUAAACUGCUUUGCGAGUUCGCUGUAUUGAAAAUUCAAACAACUUAUUUUUCCACUAUUUGCUUUUUCAUUUGUAUCUGUUUAUAUUAUGACGUAAAAAUCCAUAAUUUUAUAUUGGAGUGGAAACGCGUUCACACCGGUCCAUUGAUUCAUAUUGAAAUAUAUAUUUAUAUUUCCCCCAAUCACGUAUGCCCUUAUCCAUAACUCUCUCUCUCUCUCUUUUUUUACUAGGAAAUCUCUCUCUACACUGGCUUUACGUUCUUUGUUGCCAAAAAGAGAAGGGACUCUCGAGACAAGUGUUAGGAUUACAAGCACAACACCAGCUUCCUCUUCUCGACACGACCCUCCGUCAUGUCUGCGCCAGCUAUGUCUCCUCCUUGCCACGUUUCAUCACUCUCUUCCACUAUAUAUACACACUUACACAUUUCCUCAUGUCUUUGCCUUAUCACUCACCAAAAAUCGUCACACAACAACUCAUUCGAGCUGUCAACAUCAGCAUAUGUCAUCCAUAGAACCAAAGGUAAUGAUGGUUGGUGCAAAUAAAAAACAACGAACGGUCCAAGCUAGUUCGAGGAAAGGCUGUAUGAGAGGAAAAGGUGGACCUGAGAACGCUUCUUGCACUUACAAAGGCGUUAGACAACGCACUUGGGGCAAAUGGGUCGCUGAGAUCCGUGAGCCUAACCGAGGAGCUCGUCUUUGGCUCGGUACUUUUGAUACCUCCCGUGACGCUGCCUUGGCUUAUGACUCCGCAGCUCGUAAGCUCUAUGGACCCGAGGCUCACCUCAACCUCCCUGAGUCCUUAAGAAGUUAUCCUGAAACCGUGUCUAGGACACCGUCGUCCCAAACGCCAAGCAGCAACACCGGUGGAAAAAGCAGUGACUCGGUCAACGAAGAGUCGCCUUGUUCAUCCAACGAGAUGAUGUCAUCGUGGGGAACAAGAGAGGAGAUCUCAUGGGAACAUAUGAACGUUGAUUUGCCGGUGACGGAUGAUUCUUCUAUAUGGGAAGAAGCUACAAUGUCGUUAGGAUUUCCAUGGGUUCAUGAAGGAGAUGAUGAUACUUCUCCGUUUAAUACUUGUAUUUCUGGUGGCUAUUCUAAUUGGGAUUCCUUUCAUUCCCCACUCUAAUGUACAUGACAAGGUUAAUCACACAGUUCAUAAACUGGCCUGUUUAUGCCCGGCCCAAAACCAAAUAUUCGGGCCAUAUAUGUGGUCUCCGCCUAAUAGUUGAUGCAAACACACAAAUCUUGGAUCCACAUAUUCCACUUAACACAAAGUGCCAAACUAGCUUA